CGCAAGUGACGUCAUGUCACCUCCUGCUGCCACGGUACGUCACGAAAUACGAGGAAGCUGCUGCACCGCGCGCUCUCACUGAGAUCCGAGCUGACGCUUCCUCUGCAGAAUUGAUCUGAUGGAGCAAAGGCACUCAGCGCAGCUCGGUGCAAGAAGGAAAAAAUGCGACCAUAAUGCAAGCAGCACGGAUCGUACUGGAAAUUUGACACAGCACCAGAGAACUCACACAGGGGAGAAACCCUUCAAGUGCACUGUGUGCGGGAAUGCGUUUGCAAAGUCAUCAGAUCUUCAGAGCCACCAGAGAACACACACGGGAGAGAAACCCUUCAGGUGCCCUCUGUGCGGGAAGGCAUUUGCACAGUCAAAAGAUCUUCGGAGCCACCAGAGAACACACACGGGAGAGAAACCCUUCAAAUGCAGUGUGUGUGAGAAGGCAUUUGCAGUGUCAUCAAAUCUUAAAAAACACCAGAGAACACACAGAGGAGAGAAACCUUUCAAGUGCACUGUGUGUGAGAAGGCAUUUACAGUGUCAUCAUAUCUUAAAAAACACCAGAGAACGCACACAGGAGAGAAACCCUUCAAGUGCAGUGUGUGUGAGAAGGCAUUUACAGAGUCGUCAUAUCUUAAAAUACACAAGAGAACACACACAGGAGAAAAACCCUUCAAGUGCACUGUGUGCGGGAAGGUGUUUUCACGGUCAUCAAUUCUGCACAAGCACCAGAGAAAACAUACAGGAGAGGAACCCUUCAAGUGUACUGUGUGUAAGAAGGUAUUUGCACGGUCAUCAGUUCUUCAGAGCCACCAGAGAACACACACAGGAGAGAAACCAUUCCAGUGCACUGUGUGUGACAAGGCAUUUGCAUGGUCAUCAGUUUUUCAGAGCCAUCAGAGAACACACACGGGAGAGAAACCCUUCAAGUGCACUCUGUGCGGGAAGGCGUUUUCACAGUCAUCACAUCUUCAUAGACACCAGAGAACACACAGGCAUCAGAAGAACCCCAAGGAGUGUGGUCUGAAAUCGACUUGUGAAAGUCAAAGUGCUGCAAUGAAACAAUCCCUUCUGAAACAAGAACCAGAAGGAAAUCCCAGCUUGGACACUUUAAAAGGUAUCAACGUGAAAUGUGAAGAGGUUAAUGUGAAAUGUGAAGAGGCAACAGUGAAGAGAGAAGAAGUGAAGGUAAAAUGUGAAUAUGAAGAUUCAACUCCAAAAUCGGACCUUCACACUGAUGGAGGCAACGUGAAGCAGGAGGAGAAUUUUGACUGUGAGGCAGAGCAAGGCAACUCCCAGCAGUUUGUGGAAGUGGAGGGUUACGACACAUUUAUAAAUAACGCGAUCUAAACCCAAAAAGUUGAUUAUGAAGCUCCAAUAUAUUCACCUUUGUCACGGGCCUUUAAUGAAAAUAACAUGAAGUUGAACACUCAAUUCCUAGGUUCAACCUGCAGAGUAAGAGCAGCCAGUAUUUGCGGACCUGUGGGUUGGGUAGAUCUCUAACCAGGAGUGAGAGCCAAUCGGCUCCAAAUCAUUCACUAUGUUAUAAUAAUAUUAGCAUUUGUAUGGUGCUUUCCUAAUUGCCGCAGCAACUCGGAGUUUUGUAUAAAACCUCAUCACAAACACUCAAAGAACAUGUUGUAUACAUGCCUUUUCCAAAAAUGUAUAUUAAUAGUGAUUCUGCCCUUUUUUUAUGAUUUUUAUCGGGAUGCAGCGCUGGGGCUACUACUUUGCCACACAAAAGACAGCUGGAGGAUAAUUACUCGCAAGCCUGCUUGGGAAGUCGUAAAAUUUAAUUUAAAAAAACUGGCAAACCCAAGUGGAGGUUAAUGAGAUUCUGUGGGAAAUCCCCAGUUGACUUCAAGAGAAACUGCCAUAAAGGAAACAACCCACAAUAAAACCAACAAGACGGAAACAGCGGGGGUCACAAACCUCCCCGGACAGUGAAAUCCACCCAAGGGCAAUUCAUCAUUAUGAGCUGACUGGGUUUUUUAAAAAUACAACAGUAAAGUUGGAAGCUUAGCUCUAUCUUCAACCUCAGAAUAUCAAAAUAUAACUUGAGAAUAAGAAGCACGGAUCCCUGGCGAUACAGACAGGGAACAAAGGUUAAUAAAACCCUCGGAAUAUUCUUGGUAACAACUAUGGUAUACCACAAAUUUUGGUUAAGCAUGAACCAAAUAAUUAUGAAAGUAUUAGACCUAGGGUCAUUCAGAUGAGAUGCAAUGUGAAAUAUGUCAAUCACACACGAACAAGAUAAUAUGUAUUCCACGGGAUCAGAGCCUGCCCAACCGUCUUUGUCUUCCACUAGCUAAUACAGCACAUGGUAGCAAUAAAUUAUGUAUGCAGGGGGCGCCUUGCCCUAACAUCAAAUACCACGCAAGAAUUCCAAACCGCGAUGUGAGUGCUGUGGAUGCUACUCAAAACAUACUUUUGAGUCUCUUGCAGAGUCAAAACUGCAUAAAGUGAUGAGAGGACGGAAAACAUGGUGACAGCAAGCACACCCAUGCACAAUAGGUCACGACUUCAAAGGCCACAGCAUCCCUUUUUGAGAGAGACUGCACGUGUUGAGGCGAAAAAAAUGUAACACUUCCAACCCGUGAUGGGAGCGUGGAGAACGCUGUCCAAAACAUGAACGGAAACAUGGCGGUAAUAAAGACAUCCGGACAACAAACAGCCUGAAGCGACUUCAAAAGGAAAACAGCUGCCCCUUUGUGAGAAGAAAGAUCCAGAGGUUGAAAAUUUCAGAUAUAAGCAAGAACGCAAGAACAGAAAUCAGUACUGCGAGUUGCAGGCUCCGGGGAUUGCCCUCGUGACUGGAAAGAUUGAUAGGGAGCUCUGCAUCGGCAGAAUCACGGAGAGUUUUUUUUUAUGUUUGCGUUGUUGAGAGAGGCUGCCAGCCAAGGCUGGUACUCGCAGUAUUACAAUACAAACGUGGGGAAGAGUGCUGUCGCAUUACUAUUCCCGGGGGCAAGGUCACUGUUUAUAGCCAACACAUGCGAUCAUACAGUGACAAUCGUUACGAUUGUGCUCAGAUCAAAGUCAACCCUUCGAGGGAAAACUGGUGCAACCACUAUUCAUUGAAGUCGCCUUUAAAUCGCAGGGUCGGAUCAGAGACUGACACGAUAUAACUUGAUCUGUAGCAUUUCCUCUCUGGAGCACGAGUCGUACAGACAACUGGAAGAGGACUCUCUUGAAGAGGGGUGGGGGGGGGCGGGGAGAUGACAGGCGCUGUCUCUCCACAGUCUACAAGGAUCAACAGUGUCUGGUGCCAAGAGGGGUGACGCGCUUGGCAACCAGCGGACGAGCUGCGAGCGGUGUCUGGCAAUGGGAACAUCAUGCACAUCGACGCAGACGGAGCCGGGCCCAACAUCCCUGCCAGCACGGGCACUGCCGACAGAGUGACCAGCGUGCCGACUCGGCAACCACCCCAGCAGUGGAGAGAGACUGACGAAGCAGCCGAGAGCGCCGUGUGUUCGACACACGCCAACCCAGCGCCCCUGCUGGGGACCUGAGAUGUUUGUAGGUACAAGGAACGCUGCACCUCACAAGCCGCUGACUCAACAGUCAGCAAGAAGACAACACACCCACACACAACGCGCAUAUUGGUACUAAUAAGAUUGUUACAAAAAGUUAUCUUUGUGUUUCGAAAAGGGUUGCCUUCCCAAGGUGGUGCGUUAACUAUUAGCUGAUCGUGAAAAGCAUUGUUUCUUGGGUUACAUGAAUACGGUCGUUUAAAAGUAUUUUAGUCAUUCGUUUUCGUUAAUUGCAUAACCUUACCAAUGAAUCUUGAUUUUAAGCUUUCGUGAUUGCAGGAAUCUAUACUCUUAUUGGUUCUUUUGGUAAAGUCAUUUAGGUAUAAAAUAAAGCACGACGUUUCGGGCGCAACACAAGUGUCCGUCAUCAGGUGUUGUUUCAGGACAUUUCGUUAAUUGCAUAAUCUUACCAAUGAAUUAAUUUAUGUACACUUUCGCCAUUGGGCUUUCCCGCCUAAUGACAGACGCUUGUUGCGCCCAAAACGUGUUUAUUUUAGUUUAUACCUACAUGACCUUACCAAUGAAUUCAUUGAUGACACACUAAACAUUUAGAAGCUUCUAUGUUACGAAUUUACACACAGGAAUACUAUUGUUGAGAUUUUUUAUUUUGAUCAUAGAAUCUUGCCCACGAAUUAAUCGAUGUCCCAUUAGCCAAUUUAUAAUCAAAUAGACACAACUAGCACGCACACUGUUGUUUCAGGACAUUUCGUUAAUUGCAUAAUCUUACCAAUGAAUUCAUUGAUGUAGACUUUUGCCAUUGGGCACAUGUAUCUUUUGCACGUUAAGGACUUUUUCUAACAGUGUAUGGUUGCGCUACUUUGAGGACUUAGCUGAUUGUUCUGUUACUCAGUUUUAACAAACGUAACUAUUGAGGGUUAAUUGUACAAAUCAAUUAGUAGGACAUCUUCAGGAGUGGUAUUGACAAUUUCGAUCGUAAGUGUGUUCGCAUCCUAGAGUGUUUUUAGACAUUAAAGUUGCUUAACAUAGAAGAGUCUGAGUGGUUCCUUAAGUUCAUGCAGUGAGAUCUUAAUUCUGAGACCUGACAAAAUUACACUAAAACAUAAUCAGUGAACGUGAAAGCGAGAAUCAUUGUAUUAUCACGAUUGGUAAUACACCCUAGACAACGAAGCGGGGCCUAAUUUGAAUAAUUCCAUGUAAUUGGAUAUAUCCAAUAAUUAGCAUAAUUUCAUACAAUUACAGUUUUGUCUUUUUCAUUCUUUUUCAAGACAAUAUAUACAAGUGUAGUGUAUGUCACUGAGGCGCACACACACCUUUCUUGGAGUCAACGCUAUUAUUAAUAACUUUACUGUACACUGGGUUCUGUUACUAAGUGUGGCUAACUUUGUUUAGACUGCUCACUAUUAUUAGCUAGCUUGAUCCCCAAAACGAACCCCGAAUCGCCCUUACGUUCCUCCCUUAUCCCUUGGCCCCGGCCCUGCCCCUUACUGUUUCAAGGCCACAUGUCCUUACUCGUCCAAUCGAGACCCCGCUUCAGGUCACGUGCCCUUGAGUCGUGCGACCCGCAGAGGCAUCUAUGUCUCUACACUACCCACCCCCCCCCCUUUAUAAAUUUCAACCGAUCCGGCUGUUAAACCCCCCCCCCCCCAAAAAAAACUCGUCUCAGCUAUUUUCACAGCAAGGCGCGGCGGUGUGCUGGCGAGAGUUAUUGGAAAUGGGCAGUUUUCGAGCGCGUCCUCAUCGCCAGGCCCCCCGCCAGGUUGGGGGAGGUCUCCGUGGGUGUUUCCAGGUGACGAAGAAGGAGGCCGCCCAACCGGAGAGGAAGGACCCGACGAAUUUUGUCCGCUGCCGAACCCAGCAACGAGGUCGGCAGCUCCCCAGACCUCAGUAGCUGGAACCCUGAGGGAGAAAAGGCGGAGCAUCUCUGAGGCAUUGUUCCCAUGGACGUGUGCCCCAGAUAUAGCCCCCAGGGAUUGAGAUGAAUGCGCGUCGUCUGGCGGACAACACAGUUUGUGGCACGACGCAUGUUUAGUGGCAGGGUUGGCCACGAUCGCCACUACUCGUAGCCGGCAGUACUAACUCAGUCCAGUAGAGAGCAGAAGGGAGGCUGGAUCGGCUCAACAAUAAUGGUGGGCAGUUGGCCAAUGGCAAUCCCUGGGGGGGAAGCAUUGGGACCAACGGUUGGGACCCCAGGCCCCCGGAAGGGGGCUGGGGUAUGAGGUUCUGGAAGGGAGGCGUAGUCAGGGGUGGAGUGAGCCGGGACCCUAUAUAUAAGUCAGGGCUCUGAACGGCUCGAAUCAGUAUCGUCCGGCUGAAGAUCAAAGACCGACCUUGAGCCCUGAAGAGAAGAGUCCUGUGGGCAAAGCCGAACCCCUGGCUCGGGUGAGGCUGGAGCUGUACCAGUGAGGCUCUGAGCUUAUAACCAGUGAAGACCUCAGAGAAGACUCAAGGCCCGGCAGGGUAGCCGUAGAGAUAGCCGAAGAGGCAAGCGAACCGGCUACGUAGAGUAUCGGGUCAAAGGGGCCAUUACACUUUUGUAUUGUAGUUCGUGAGUUAUUAAUGUAAUAAACGUGUGGCCUUCAACUGAAAGUUCCCUCCAGUUUAUUACCCAUUACAACUGGUGUCAGAAGUGGCCUUAUAUUAGUGACAAUGGAAACGCGGAGGAAGAUACGUACCAGGGCUCCGGGCGAAGGAGAAAACGACACAGCUGCCGACAUACUAGCCCCGGUUGCAGACGAAGCCUCGCUGGACGAUACGUUGCCUGUCCGGCCACCCGGCGGGACUUCACCACCGGGGAGAGCGCUGUGCGCGGCGCACUCCUGUCUCGCCGAACUCCUGCACGCCGCGGCUUCCAUCUUGGAUGAAAUCCAUCGUGGGGACUGGGGUGGCAGGUGGCGGCUGUGGCCGCCGCCGAUUUUCAGGGUUCCCACACAAAUUUACGAAACUCCCUCUGAAAGUGGGGUAGCUUCUGCUGGAAGACAGAUGCAUCAUGGGACUGACGUCACUUCCGACUUCGGGCCGCUCCAAUCAGCGGUCGCCGCAUCAGCGGUGCGACCGCCGCUAGGAGCUAGCAUUCUAUGCACCAGCAACGGCGGAGUUCCGCCUUCCAGCGUCACCGCCAUCCUAUGCUUCCCUAUACCCUGAGGUGAGUAGCGACACACUCCACACUUGACCCCUGGCCUCACCUCACCCAUCUAGGCAUUUUGGUUCGCAGCUCGAUUGCGCAUCAAUACAUGCAAUCGUGAAGUUCGUCAGCUCCGACCGGAUCAGUGGUGGGAGCUGGCCCAUUGAGUGGUGACUGCGUCCGCGGGUUGAUUUACCGUGCUUGGAUCCAUUGAGGGUGUAGAAAUAAGGAUGCUGGUCGAUACGGGUGUGUCAUUUCGGAGCUAAUUUUAAAUAUUUUGCCCCCUAAUUGUUGGGUUCUAGACCCUGUCGAUGUGCCGUGUUUCGCCGUUGACGGCGCCUCAUUGGGUAUCAUCAGUCGAAUAACAGCCGAGGUGCGCAUCGCUGACGUUACAUUAUCAGGACACAUUCUUGUCUCCACGUCACUGAUUGUUCCAUGUUUACUUGGAACCGAUUUCCUUGGUAGGAUGCCAUUGGAAAUCUGCAUUGACCACGGCUGUUUGGAAUGCCAUCUGGACGUCGUGUGGCAUUUUUGUCUUCCCCUACCCAGUUGUGUGCGGCCAAUGCUAUGAUGCAGAUAUUUAUUUUGUUCCCCUCCACGAGAGGAAGCCGCUCGAUUGGGGUGCUACGGGGUACGCUAUUAUAGCUCGUACAUUGGUGUCCGACUACCAGGAACCUUUUAGGUUCUUAAUAACAGGGUUGGACAGCACGGUCACCCAGGAGAUUGCGGUGUUGGCUCAUGCAUCACUGGCACGUCCCGAAGGGGCAUCAGGAAUGCGGGUGCUGAGCCUUGCACGCCACGAUCCCGGGAUAUAGAUCAUCCCUUUCGCCUGGAACCGGUUAUUGCGCCGCGCGUAUUUGUUUAAUCUCCACAUUGCUGGGGCCGAGUGUCGAGUGUGUCCGGCGACCCACGCCGGUUAAUCCCGGGCGAAGCGAUUCUGUUCCGCCCGCAGGUGCUGUGCCACUGACGUCCCCUGCGCGGCCGCACAUGUCGGCUUCGCGGGCUUCAAGCGCGGAGGAUCCGUCGACCCGGCCUACUGCUCUCCGUGAGGAGCCGGGUUUGGUGGAACAUUUGCAGAUUCCCCCUGGGACCUCCAGGGUGAGCGAGCCCACCUCCCCUGGGGGCCCGGCAUCACGCACUUGCUCAAAGACUCGUUUUUCACUGUCAGUUGCUUAUCGUGCUCGCUGUGUCAUUGGUUGAUCCUGGCCGCCAUUGAGCUCACGAGCAUCGUUACACAGUGAAGGUGGGAGGUGUGAUGGUAAGAGGGAUCCCGAGGGUUUACGUGGUUUUUCAUAUUA